UGCCUCAGGACCCGCCCAUCCUCUUCCGGAAGCCCAUCCUCUUCUGGAAGGGUUUGUGGCGCGCUGAGUCACCUCCUCCUUAAGUGACUGGUUACUGUGCGUGUCAUUCCGAGCUCCGAGUCCCCCAUUGGCUGGUUUGCCUCUGAGAGCGUCACGCUGCCAAGGCCCUUUAGAGCCCGACGUCGCGGGAAGAGCUGGGGGGGUGUAUGUCGCAGACGGUUGUCGUCUAUGGGCUCCCAUGAUGGCGGCUUCGGAAGGGGCAGUUGUGUCCAUAGUGACUGAAUCAGAUGCCGACAGCAACGCCGAGUUGCGUGAAGUCGGAGGAGUCGGAGCAGUGGGCCAAGAGAAAGACCCGGCCACCAAAACAGCGGAGACCGCGGGGGACAGCGAGGAAGACGGGGAGGACGUAUUCGAGGUGGAGCGGAUCCUCGACAUGAAGACCGAGGCGGGUAGAAUCCUAUAUAAAGUUCGAUGGAAAGGGUAUACAUCAGAUGAUGACACCUGGGAGCCUGAGAUUCAUCUGGAGGACUGUAAAGAAGUUCUUCUUGAAUUUAGGAAGAAAGUUGCAGAAAACAAAGCUAAAGCAGCCAAGAAGGAUAUUCAGAAACUGUCUUUAAAUAAUGACAUAUUUGAGGCAGACUCUGAUAGUGAUCAGCGAAGUGAGACAAAAGAAGAUAUUUCCCCAAGGAAGAAAAAGAAAAAAAUGAGGCAAAAAGAAGAAAAAAGCCCCGACGAUCUAAAAAAAAGAAAAGGAAAAACCGGGAAACUAAAAGAUAAGUCCAAAUCAGAACUGGACAGCUCUUCUGAAAGUUUGGUUUGUGAUUUAAGGACAAAGAAAAGAAUUUUAGAAGCCAAAGGAGAAACAAAGGAUGCCAAAAAGCCCAAAAAGGAUGAAGUAAAAGAAACUAAGGAAUUAAAGAAAGUUAAAAAGGCUGAAAUAAGAGAUUUAAAGACUAAAAUAAGAGAAGAUCCCAAAGAAAACAGAAAAACUAGAAAAGAGAAAUAUGCUGAAUCUCAGCUGGAGUUUGAUUCAAGUGUACUUAAUGAUUUUCCUCUUCAGGAAGAUGACAGUGAAGACUUUUAUUCGGACAGCAGGGAAGAAAAACAAAAAAUUAACAGCCCAGAAGAUAAAAUAGUUGAAGAUGCAGUGCAAGAGAAGCUUUUUGACAAACAGCUAGAUGCCCCUGGAAGUGCUGACGAGGAUGCUGAUGGCAAGACCAAGAGGAGGAAAAAGAAACUAAGGAGGAAUGAAGAGCCAAAGGAGGGUACCAGGCCGGAAAACAGUGCCUUUUCAGAGAAGAAAACUCUACCUAAAAAGCAGAGGAAUCAAGACAGAAGCAGGACCAACACAGAGCUAGAUAAACUGCUACCACUGGCAUCUGUUCAAGCACAGAGGAGUCCCAGGGCAGCAGGGGAAGAACAAGGCUUGUGGGCAGCAGAUUCCGCUGAGGAGGAUAAAGAACCAAAAAAAAAUGAACCUAAAGAAAAAUUUCAGAAAAGAUGUGAUUCGGAAAAGGAAGAAAAAGGCCGGAAAGACCCAAAAGGAUUAAAGACAUUUAAGGAAAUCAGAAAUGCAUUUGAUUUAGUUAAAAAAACAACAGAAGAAAAAAGUGAUGCUCCUGAGACUAGUUGGAAAAGAGAAGAAACACUGGAUUGUAAAACCACAGAAGACCAGAAAACCAAGGAAAACAAGUACUCAACUAAAGAAAGGAGAAGUACUAGAGACGAAACUGACACUUGGGCACACAUUGCUGCAGAAGAUGAGCAGGAGGGUUUGGACAGUGUGUGUUCAGCAGAUGAAAACUUGGACGGCAGGCAGCACAUUCUGAGUUUGGGCAUGGACCUCCAACUGGAGUGGAUGAAAUUAGAAGACUUUCAAAGGCACCUUGAUGGGGAAGAUGAGACUUCUGACACAGCAAAUGCAAUUCCAAAUCAUUUGCUGAGGGACGCUGUGAAAAAUGGAGAUUAUAUUUCUGUAAAGGUUGCGCUUAACUCAAAUGAAGACUACAACUUGGACCAGGAGGACUCCAGUGGGAUGACACUGGUGAUGCUUGCUGCAGCAGGAGGGCAAGAUGACCUCCUGCGACUCCUCAUCACCAAAGGUGCAAAAGUGAACGGGAGGCAGAAGAAUGGGACUACGGCCCUCAUCCACGCUGCAGAGAAGAACUUUUUAACCACCGUGGCUAUUCUUUUGGAGGCGGGAGCCUUUGUAAAUCUUCAGCAGAGCAAUGGCGAGACUGCACUCAUGAAGGCUUGUAAGAGAGGAAAUUCGGACAUUGUUCGGCUUGUAAUCGAAUGUGGAGCUGACUGUAACAUUUUGUCAAAGCACCAGAACAGUGCAUUGCACUUUGCAAAGCAGUGUAACAAUGUGCUUGUGUAUGACUUGCUGAAGAGUCAUCUGGAGACGCUUUCAAGAGUGGCUGAAGAGACAAUCCGAGAUUACUUUGAAGCUCGCCUUGCUCUACUGGAACCUGUCUUCCCAAUAGCAUGUCAUCGACUUUGUGAGGGGCCAGAUUUCUCAACAGAUUUCAAUUACAAACCUCCACAGAACAUGCCAGAAGGUUGUGGCAUCCUGCUGUUUAUUUUCCAUGCAAACUUUUUGGGUAAAGAAGUUAUUGCUCGACUCUGUGGACCCUGCAGUGUACAAGCCGUAGUUUUAAAUGAUAAAUUUCAACUUCCUGUUUUUCUGGACAGUCACUUUGUUUAUUCUUUCUGCCCUGUUCCAGGCCCUAAUAAGCUCUUCAUAAGGUUGACAGAAGCACCUGCUGCUAAGGUGAAGCUGUUGAUUGGUGCGUACAGAGUGCAGCUUCAAUGACCAGACAGGACUGGGACGUGGCAUUCAGACAAAUGCUCCCCUCAUCUCUUGGAAGCCAUCUCGAAUUCUGGUGCACCUAAAACUUUUUAAGUGUAGUUUCAUCUGUAAACCUCUUAAGCAUCUGUUUUGGUCUGUGAGACUGUUGGUGGCCCUAAUAUAUAUUUGAAAUAUAGAUGUAAGUGUGCCAGUCUUCUGAAAUUCAGCGUUGCACCAAGACUGCAUUACUUUAUUUUUCCACAGUGUGGAACAGUACAUAGGAAGAUUAAGAAAAUUAAAACUUUUUUCUUUUUAAUAACUUUGAAUUUUCUACUAGUCUUGGUGCAUUUCUGUGUAAAGAAGCGAAAAACAUGUAGGUGCAAAGCACCAGUUUACAGUGAGGGAGGCAUGGUCUAUGCACUCAGGUUGCACAGACACCGAAUAAAGGUCGGCUCUGCUGCCCUUGCCUAUGACUGCUGUCACACAGUAGUGAUGGUGGCGGUCACUACCCAGCUGUCCCGCUGCCACAAAGGACAGGGAUACUAACACCUCUGUGUAAAGUGCAGUUUCAGCUUAUCCUUUAGAAAGAUGAUAAAAUAAAAACCUAAGAUGCUGCAA